AUGACGGUCCACGCUGCUCGCUUCACCCCAGAGGUGCUCCUUUCUGCGCCUCGCCGUUCGGCUGGUGUUCCGAACUCGACGGGUGAGCUGGUGCUUUACACCGUUUCUGCGUACUCGUUCGAGACUCACUCCAAGUCUUCUCAGAUCAGAGUCCUCAACAUCAAAGAAGGCACCUCACACCUUGUUUCUGAGGACUCGGGCGCUAGCGACCCAGUUUGGAUUGGCGAGAAGGAGGUCAUGUAUCUCAAGGGUGGUGACAAUGGCUGCACCAUGAUUAUGGCCCAGCGGGUGCUGGACAACUCGGACCCCAGGACCAAGGUCUUGUCAAACGGCAAGGUCGCCAUUUGCUUCGCCGGACUGACCACUCCCAAGGGGGAGUUGUACUGGCCUCCCGCCGAACACAAGGCCCACGACUCGGCCAAGAUUUACACCUCUCUCUACGUCCGCCAUUGGGAUACCUGGAACACUCCGAAUGAGAAUUCAUUAUGGUACGGCCAACUGGCCAAGAUUGACGGAAGAUGGGCUCUGGAAAGCCCGGGCCUGACCAACCUCUUGGCCGGUACCGACCUUAAGUCUCCUGUUCCUCCAUUCGGAGCCUCUGGCGAUUUUGACAUCUCCGCCCAUGGUAUCUGCUUCGUGGCCAGGGAUCCAAACAUCAAUCCCGCAAGAUACACCAAGACUGACCUCUACUACGUACCCAUCAAGUCGUUUGUUGAGAAACCACCCGCUCCGCUGAUUGUCAAGACUGGCAACUUGGUGGGUUACAGUAUUGCCCCAACCUUUAACAAGAAUGGCAGCAAAAUUGCUUUUGCUAGAAUGAAGAAUAUUCAGUACGAGGCCGACAAGACCAGGUUGCUGCUUGUUCCCGACGUCAACGAUCUUAGCAACGUUCAAGAGUUUUAUGAGACAAGCGAUGGCGAGGGCGGUUGGGACCUGAGGCCAGACUGGAUCGUUUGGAGCCACGACGAAAAGGAUUUGUACGUUGGCGCCGAGAAGCACGGCCAAGUUGUACUCUGGAAGCUCUCCUCUUCUCCCGCCGAUGCUGACGAGCUGCCUAUACCUUUCCACCUGGACGGCUGCGUUAGUGACGCCAAGCUGCUGGGGGAUGGUCCCAGCUUGCUCAUCAGCUCCAAGUCCCGUAUUGAGAGCUCGCUGUACGCUGUUUUGGACCCCACGUCAAAGUCAGUCACCGAGAUCUCGUCAAGUUCCAAAAAUGGCAAGUCCUUUGGUCUUAACAAUUCUAUGCGAGCUGAUUUCUGGUACCGCGGAUCGCUCGGGUACUACGUACACGCUCUCGUUACAAAACCUUCCAACUUUGACCCUUCAAAGAAAUAUCCUCUGGCCUUUCUGAUCCACGGCGGCCCGCAGGGUGCGUGGUUGGAUGAAUGGAGUACACGAUGGAACCCGGCCAUCUUCGCCGAGCAGGGCUACGUUGUCGUUUCCCCUAACCCGACUGGCAGCACUGGCUACGGCCAGAAACACAUCGACGCCAUCACGUGUAACUGGGGAGGCAAUCCAUACGAGGACUUGGUGCUGUGCUUUGAGCACUUGGAAAAGAAUGUGGAUUACAUUGAUACCUCACGAUCAGUGGCGCUGGGAGCUUCGUACGGAGGCUACAUGAUCAGUAUGUAUGGUCCCGACGCCGAGGCGAAGACAGCCCGCUAA